CAAGACCUCAAACAAUGUCGCGAUUCGAGACUCCGGAGUUGGGAACACAGUUGCAGGGCAAGGUUGUUGUGUUGACGGGCAUCGGUGCCGAACUCGUGCGCCUACUCCACUCAGCCGGCUCCCACAUCUUCUUCGGCGAUGUCCUAAUCCCCCAAGGAGAAGCCCUAGCCAGAGAAUUAUCCGCAACCUCCAAGACACCAGGCCAACAAGUCAAAUUCUUGUAUACCAAUGUAGCAGAUCAUCUUUCGAAUCUCGGGCUCUUUGAGUUGGCGUAUAAAACUUGUGGGAGAGUGGAUCAUGCGGCUAGUGUUGCGGGAAUCAACAGAGAGGAAAAUAUCGCGGAUCAGGGGUUGACGUUGGAGAGUGUGCGAAAGGAACCCGAUAUCGACGACUCGCUCAACGUCAACCUCAGGGGACCCAUCCUGUUUUCUCGUCUCGCGAGCGUAUAUCUCCGUCAACCACCCCUCAACGACAAAUCCUCCACCGCAGCAGCAAACAAAUCAUUGACGCUAGUAUCGUCAGUAGCUGGAUUUACCGAAGCUCCCGGUUUGGCAAUCUAUUCGUCGAGUAAACAUGGUGUGUAUGGAUUAAUGCGUGCGUUGCGAAAAACCAAUGCAGUGUGUCCAUGGAUGACAGAAACAAGAAUGGUGACCGGUAUCAAAGAUGACUGGAAAGAAGCAGGCCUGCCGCGCAACAAAGCCAUCGAUGUGGCUAGAGUAAUCGCCGGCGUCAUGGUUGCCGAGUCUCUGAACGGCGAAGCCCUGUAUGUGGAAGGAGGACGAGCUUGGGGUAUCGAAGAGGGAAUUGAGAGGACGCAGCCGCAGUGGAUGGGAGAGAAGCAGAGCGCUGAUUUCCAGAAAGGGCAAAAGGUUUUGGGGACGGGAGAGAAUUGG